UCAGCAAACGGCUAUUAUAUUAUUCAAGCUUGAGGUGGUCUGGAAAGCCAGACCGAAAUAGAACAACCAAUAAAACAUAAGUAUUUUAUUCAUAGUUAGGGAUUUUACGCACUUCGCAGAUUUUUUUUAUUUUGGUUUUGGUUAAUUUUAUUGUUUCACAAUUAUUUAUAUAUCAUUGUUAUUUGAGAAUGUGUAAUUUUUUUAUAUAUACGGAGAUAAAUAUUUCAAUCAGGUUCAAUAUUUUUUCGAUUAAGAAAAUUUUCAGAAAAGUCUUUUAGCAUAAAAUGCAUUAGAAUACUUUCCAAGAAAAACUCCCAAAAAUCUUUUGAAAAGUCUUCCAAAAUCUGACUCAAAUGUGAAAAACCUACAUAUCCAAAAACAUUCAAAUUUUUCAAAAUAGAAAACACUUCAGAAAUAAUUGUUUAUGGUUAAAUAACAAAUAAAAAGUCAUAUUAGUUGAAUCUAUAACUUUUUAGAAUCUAACGUACAAACACACACAAAAAUACAUAUCAAAAUUUAUAGUUUACUUUUUAAAUAGUGAAAGCUAUAUGUGAUGAAAAAUCUGUAAAAUAAGAAAAAUUAGUAAAAAGACAUGGAAAAGAAAUGAGAAAUUGAUAUAAAGUUAGAUGUUUUCAAGGUCAAGGAGAUUAGAGAGAUGUUGGAGAGUCUUAGAGUGAAAAAUAUUAGAUUUUUGUUGCAGCCAUAUGAGAAGAAUGGAUACAACAAAUACUUCAUUAAACUUAAAAUCAACUUUUAAAGUGUUGAAUAUACUCAAAAUUGAACAAAUAUAUGUCAACUUUAUUUUAUUUAUUUUUGAUUUAAGAUUCUAAAAUCUAACCCUAAAGAUACAAACAAUAUUAUAACAUAUGUUACCAAACCUGAAACCCAAAAAUAUCAUAACUCAUCUACAUUCACUCAUCUAUAUUGAAAACAAUUCAAUUUUACUAGAUUUUAAUUUAUAUCAUUUACAAAUGUUUAUAAUUAUAUGAUUUCAAUUUUCUCCCAUAAAAAUAUUUUUUAUAAAAUUUAUAAAUUAUUUUAAGAUCUACUAUAUGAAAAGGAAGUCUUCUUAGAUAAGACUUAUAAAAACCACGAAGACUUUUUGGGGUUAUAUUUGUAAAAAUGCAUGCUGGUUUAUUGUUUGGUCAUAAGAAAACAAUUAUAAUUUCACUAGCUUUUCAGUUAACUUUCGCAUAUGAUUAACUUUGAAGUAUACUUUUGUUUUAAAAUCAAGUUGUAUGUGAUAUUUGGCAUUUUCCCUUAAUACUAACUACUUAAGGAUCUGUAUAAAAUAUAGUUUCCGUAUCUCCGUAUCUGAUCUCCAAAACAAAUUGUGGACCGAUCCACUUAUUAUGGAAAAUGGUGUUUGUUUAUCAAGGUUUGCAACAAUAAUGCGGGAGAAUAUUGUACCUCUUUUAUACUAAAUAUUCACAUUUUAUAUAGCGUUAAACAACAAAACAGAUGUACGAGAAGUGAGAACUAGUAUCUUAAAGCAUUUUCAAUUCACCUCUAUAUUUGUCUCUAUAAUAAUAUUUAGAGGUAAAAUCAUUCAAACUCUAUUCUAUUUUUUUCUCUAAAAUAAAGAUUAAUAUUUUCACCUCUAUAUUUAGGGAAAUAAAUAGUAUUCCUCUAUAAUAGAUGCAUAUUUUUUUAUUCACGAAAUGAUCCCUUAACUUUUUACUUUAAAAAUUAUAACCAAAAUAAUUUUUUUAGUGAAAAUGUACUGUUUAUAUAAACAUAUAAUUAUACUCUUUAUUUACAUAAUAGUUUCUAUAAAAAUAUUCAGUGUAAAUAAUAUCAUAAUUUUAUGAAUGUUAUAAUAAAUUGGGCUGGUUUUCAACUUUUACAAAUAAAAUAUACUAUUUGUAAAAUUAGAAAAUAAUAUAUCAAAAAUAUUUUUUUAGAGGAAGAAAUAAAGAAAUAGAUUGGAGACAAAUCCAUCUCUAUUAUAAAAUUUUUUUAUUUUAAAGAAAAAAAUAGGAAAAUACAUCGGAGAUACCACCACAUGUAAGUAGUCACAUGGGUAACCACUUUCUCUUAAAGAACCUCGACAAUAACUAAGGAUUCACAAAUAUUUUACGUUGAAUAAGUCGUAACAACCACAUGUUAUAUUGUUAUGGACUAUGAAGUAAGAACAAGUGAACAACAAUAGAAAAGAGUUUGCCCUUUUUUCAAAAGAAAAAAAAAACAAUAGAAAAGUGAUAUGCUAUUGUUUUUUUUGGUAAUCGUGAUAUGCUAUUGUUCGGGGGACUUUAGAGAUCUUCCGAACGAUUGUCUUGUUUAAAGAGAAUGCUUAUUUUUUUUUUAGCAAAUAAAAGAUAAGACUACACUUAUUUCAAAUUUGUUAAAUAGAUUGGAUCCAAAUCCUGGCCGGUAGAGUUGCUGUUUUCAACACUGUUUUUACAAGUUUGAAGAGUUCAUACCGAAAAUAAGCUUUUAGAGAACAAAAAAAAAAAAAAAACAACGUACAUAAUGUGUUUUAAAAAAAAAAAGAAAAAAAAAACAAGAAGGGGAGGUGUAUAUGUAUAAUGUGGGCCUAGUGGGCCUUGCACAUAUAAAGUGCAGAAUAUUUCCGAUUAAAGGAAAGGAGGCUUCUUCAUCCAUUAAGCGUAUUAAGAUGAUAUCCAUUAGGGCAUUUAAUGAUAAUCAGAUCCGAACGCAAGUACGACGUCGUAUUAGCGUACGGUGGGGGAUUCGUCUACACAAUCUCCUCCUUUGUCCAAGCUUGGAAGAAGAAAAAAACGCAGAGCUGCUACGCCGCCUUGUAAUCACAGGAUUAAACCGCUUCCUCGGAGCUCAAUUCCUGGGCAAACCGAUCUCAGGGACCGUUGUUCCCCCAAGGUCUCCCUCCAUCUCCCCGAUGUCGAAAAGGAUCCUUUGUAAGUUCUUUGCUCACGGCGCUUGCUUAAAAGGUGACAACUGCGAAUUCUCACAUGACUGGAAGGAUCCCACAAAUAAUGUUUGCACCUUCUACCAGAGAGGUCUCUGCUCUUACGGAAGCCGAUGCAGAUACGAACACGUCAAACUCAAACCUCAUCCAUCUCCUGCCUCAUCUUCCUCCGCUCUGCCUCGAUCAUCUGCUUCAGAAAAGGAUUUGAGCCCACUUCCCUCAUCACCAGCGUGGACUUUGGAUUCCUCAGACAACACCUUCAGCUCUUCUUCAUCCAAACCACAAGACCAACCCAUUUGCUCAUACGCCGCAGCUGGUGACUGCCCGCGUGGGGAUCAAUGCCCUCACAUCCACGGAGACCUUUGCCCAACUUGUGGGAAACGUUGCUUGCAUCCUUUCAGACCCGAGGAGAGGGAGGAGCACAAGAGAUCAUGUGAGAAAAAGCAAAAACAGCUCGAAGCGCUGAAACUUAGCCAGGAGGUGGAGUGCUGCGUCUGUUUGGAACGUGUACUCUCUAAGCCAACUCCAGCUGAACGCAAGUUUGGGCUGCUCACUGAGUGUGAUCAUGCUUUCUGCAUAGGUUGCAUCAGGAAUUGGCGUAGCAGUUCUCCUUCCACCGGUAUGGAUGUCAACAGCACGCUGAGGGCUUGCCCCAUUUGCCGCAAGUUGUCGUAUUUUGUUGUCCCUAGUGUCAUCUGGUUCUCAGCUCCUGAGGAGAAGAAGGAAAUCAUGGACAACUACAGGGACAAACUCAGGUCAAUUGAUUGUAAGCACUUCAAUUUCGGAGAUGGGAAUUGUCCGUUCGGAACAAGUUGCUUCUACAAGCAUGCGUUUCAUGAUGGUCGUUUGGAGGAAGUGGUUCUGCGGCAUCUGGAUGCAGAAGAUGGGCAGACUGUGAUAGCAAAAGAUAUAAGGUUGUCUGACUUUCUUGAGGGUAUGCGUAUAUGAAUGAGGACUCUCUUAAGCACAAUAAAAGACAAUGCAAACAUGUUAUAAUGAACACCUCUCUCUCUCUCUCUCUCUCCCCCACAAUUGGUCAUUCAUUACAAUUGACUGAUUUAAGUUGGAAGAUUUUGUCUUGGAUACCAAUGCUUUGUGACCUGGGAUAAGACUUGAAUUAUUUGUACUCAUUUUUUUGUAUUUUUAACAAUUGUUACAACUUCAAGUUUACCCCUGGGCGAAAAAAAAACUGGUCUGGAUCAUUUGUACUAUUAUGAGUUUAUGAAGACUGAAAAUGCAGGAUUUAUGGAUAAAAACAUGCAUAUAUGACAAUUUUACCCAUAAAUCCUGCAUUUUCAGUCUUGUAUGUUCUGAUUCCUACGUGAUGUGCCUUGCUUCUUCGUUUCUUCUAACUAAACCGAUGUCUUACAUGAUGACAACCGUCUUCAUUACUCAUUAGGCAUCUCGCAUUUUUCACCCCCCUACACAGGCUACCCACAAGAGUAAGGAGUCAAUAUUUGGAUCAAUUGGUUGGUCUUUCCUCUUUCCACAAAAGCAUCGAUAUAAAAUCUACUUGGACUAUUUCAGAGCAAAACAGAUUUAUAACCUGGACAACUCCAGUUAGCACCUUGGCUGUUAUCUGCCAACAAAUCAAUUGAGGGGGAAAAUUGUCAAUUCGAAUCUCAACAAUUUUCAUAGUGUCUUCUCUUAUUCAAACUUUGCUACUUUCCCAACAUUUACCUCCAAUAAACUCUAUGAACUAUAAAAUUCAAGGCGAAUUUAAGUUUGACUAAAAUGAUGUUGGUCAACUAUGUCAGUUAGUCACCAGAUGUGUAGUUUCUGCUAGUCAAACACCACAUGCCUAAUUUCUACUAAUCAAUUGCAACAUGUUAAAGUUUUUCAAAAUUAUCUGGAAGUCUAAAAGUAUACCCGAAAACUUAAUAGAUAUUCUAAAAGGCCAAAAACCCCUAAAAUAAUUAAAUCCAAAAGAAUCAAAAACUUAUAAAAUAUAUCAGAAUAUCCAGGAAAAUUAUAAAUACCUGAAAACUCAAAAAUAUACUCAUCCGAAAAAUCUAUAAAUACCCAAAAUAUACCCAAACCUAAAAUUGUCAAAAUGGAUAAAAAAUUAAUAGGUCAAUCCAACCCAACUCAAACCAUGAAUCUUAAGGGAUAAUGAAUUAUCCAUUAGUAAACCAAUAAAAAUUAUAA